CAGCUGGUUGUCAUGAGGUGACAGAGAGUCGAGGGGUCUUGGACCAUAUUCAGAGAUUUUCUUCACUACCAACAUACCUACCUGUGAGCUAUCGGAUCUUCAGUGCUGAGACAUCCUUCUUUCUCAAAGAAGCCAACCAGGACUUCAUGCGAAAUUCCAGUUUACAGUCCAGGGUGGAAUCGUUCUUCCCAUUUAAAGCCAAGAGACCACCUAUAUUAAAUGCCAGUUAUGGACCUUUUUCUGUUGAACAAGUUGUGCCCCAGGAGCUAAUGUCCAUGUCCAACUUCUUUGGGCCUACCAACAAGUUUACUUAUAACUGGAAACUGAAGGCCUACAUAAUGAGUGACAAGAUCUACCCGAGCAAGCCCAAAGUGCAGAUCCUCUUCUACAUCGUGGGCAGGGACUGGGAUGACUACAGCACCACGGAGCGGCUGCCCUGCCUGCGGGUCUUCGCCUUCCGAGAGACGCGGGAGGUCCGGGGCAGCUGCAGGCUCAAAGGAGACCUGGGCUUGUGCGUGGCCGAGCUGGAGCUGCUGCCCGCCUGGUUUAGCCCCCCCACGGUUGUUGCUGGACGGAAGAAGCUAGCGGAUCAGUCGGAAGGGAGCCCUGUGGAGCUGUACUACACCAUCCAGCCGGGAGAUGAGAAGGGGGAAUGCACCACUGAGGAUUUAAGGAAGGGCAAUGCUAUCCGGCCAGGAAAAGAUGGCAUGGAUGAAACCAUGUCUCACUUGCAAAGAAUUGGAUCCAUCAGCCUCUAUCGAGGUCAGGAGACUUCUCAGCUUGUGGAACUGCGACUGGAUAGUAAUAUUGUUGUGUGGUUGCCCUCCAAGCCUGUCAAGCAAGGAGAGGUUGUGAAUGUUUAUGUGACAAUUGCCAACAACUCUACAGUGGAUCAGUUCAUACUCAGGGCAAAGGUGAAAAAAGGCGUAAACAUCCUCGGUGCCAAGACAAGUGAUCCCCGGCAAUGGGACGUGAAACAGGAGGUGGGGAACGGUGGGAAGCAUUCGACCAGCACAGUUAUUUGUCAGAGGAUAGCACCAAGUUCAAGGAACAGAAGUAACAGUUUAUUCAAUGAGGUCGUGCAGAUGAACUUUGAAAUAGCCAGUUUCAGCAGCCUUUCUGGAACGCAGCCCAUCACCUGGCAGGUGGAAUACCCUCGGAAGGGGACGACGGACAUAACCUUGUCUGAAAUCUUCAUCUGCCAGAAGGAUCUUGUUGGAAUCGUUCCACUGGCAAUGGACACAGAAAUUCUGAACACAGCAAUUCUCACAGGAAAAACYGUUGCUGUGCCCAUCAAAGUGGUCUCCAUUGAGGAGAACAGUGCUGUGACGGACAUCUCGGAAUCGGUUGAGUGUAAAUCCUCUGAUGAAGAUGUCAUCAAGGUUUCUGACAGGUGUGACUAUGUUUUUGUCAAUGGCAAAGAAAUGAAGGGCAAGGUCAAUGCGCUCGUGAACUUCACGUAUCAGUAUCUGAGUGCUCCUCUGCAAAUCACAGUCUGGGUUCCACGUCUGCCUCUUCAGAUCGACAUUUCGGACACUGAAUUGAGCCAAAUAAAAGGCUGGCGAGUGCCUAUUGUUUCCAACAAAAGACCCACCAGGGACAGUGAUGAUGAGGAUGAAGACGAACGGAAAGGCCGAGGAUGCACUCUGCAGUACCAGCACGCCACGGUGCGCGUCCUGACUCAGUUUGUAGCCGAGGACUCUAGUCCGUGGGGUCCGCUCAACUACCUCYUGGGCUCAGACUGGCAGUUCGACAUUACAGACCUGGUGAUGGAUUUUAUGAAAGUAGAGGAACCUCACAUUGCCAAGCUGCAGGACGGCAGGAUCUUGAUUGGACGGGAAGUAGGAAUGACAACGAUGCAGGUUUUGUCUCCUCUCUCCGACUCCAUCCUGGCAGAGAAGACAGUGACUGUGCUGGAUGACAAAGUGACCAUAACAGACCUCGGCGUCCAACUGGUGGCUGGGCUKUCUCUCCUUCUUCAGCCAAGCACAGCAAAUAGUCGGGCAAUUGUGGCUACAACCGUUGCCCAAGAGCUGCUUCAUACUCCUAAGCAGGAAGCUGUGGUAAGCACCUGGAUUCAGUUCAGUGACAGCUCUGUUACUCCUCUGGACAUCUAUGACUCCAAGGACUUCUCCCUCUCUGCUGUAUCGUUGGAUGAAUCUGUUGUCUCGAUCCAUCAGAAUGCUGCCUUAAAAUGGCCAGUUGUGACAGCAGAAGGUGAAGGUCAGGGCACGUUAAUCAAGGUAGAUAUGAUGAUUUCUGAAGCCUGCCAGAAGUCCAAGAGGAAAAGUGUCCUGGCUGUGGGGAACGGCAACAUCAAAGUCAAGUUUGGCCAGAAUGAUGCUGACUCCAAUACAGGUGGAGAUUAUGAUGCAGAUGAGAUUGAAAACCACGCUAGCGACCGGCGGCACAAGGUGUCGGAUCAGGAUCGGUACGGUCAGGAUGGACGAUAUUUCGGUAGCUCUUCAGCAGAGCGAGAAGAAAGUGCCAUCAGGAAAGUCAGUACCACAGCAAAAUCCGUAAUAAAAAAUAAAGUAAUUAAAAACAAUAGGCUGGAUGGCAGCAGACUCUCAGAUGAUAGUCAGCUGCAAAACAUUCCCAUAGACUUCACCAACUUCCCUGCUCAAGUUGACCUUCCAAAAAGCAACACAGGCAUGGAGGAAAAUGACCUGGUACAGACACCUAGGGGCCUUAGUGAUUUGGAGAUCGGGAUGUAUGCUCUGCUAGGGGUCUUCUGCCUGGCAAUCCUCGUCUUCCUAAUAAACUGUGCAACAUUUGCACUGAAAUACCGUCACAAGCAGGUUCUGGUGGAAGGACAAACUACCAUGACCCAUUCUCAUGACUGGGUCUGGCUAGGAAAUGAAGCAGAACUGCUGGAGAAUGCAGCAGAUGUGUCACCUCAGCAGGAUGAGCACACAACUAUUAUUGACCGCGGGACGGGCUGCGAGGAGAGCAACCACCUCCUCAAUGGCAGUGCUCAGAAGAACACGCAGAGCCAGAUUCAUAGGUGUGCUGACUCAGGGGGAAAACUCGGAAAGGAACAAAAAUCCGAACCUUUACAUUCUCCAACAUCUAAACGGAAGCGGGUAAAAUUCACAACAUUUACCACCAUCCCACCCGAUGACGGUUGUCCUACUGUCAACUCAAUCCUAAGUAGCAAUGAUGACGAUAUUAAGUGGGUGUGCCAGGAUAUGGACCUGGGGGACUCCAAAGAGAUACGAAACUACAUGGAGAAGUUCAAAGACAAAGUGUAGCUCCUCGCUGGUUUUAGGGGUUUAACCACACCUUGAUGCCUUCAGUUCUACAGUAUAUAUUGGGACAGAUUAGGGGGAGGGGAAGGAAUCCACAGGAGAAAUGAUAGGGCAGUUUUUAUAAUCAGGGAAAGAUAUUGCCAAACUGUCCACGGUUUGCUUUUUGUUUUGUUUUGUUCUAUUUUGUUUCGUUUUUUGCUUUGUUGUGUUUUUCCAACGGAUGUUCUACCAUUCAUGGAUUUAGGAAGUGGAAUAUAAUUAGCAGAAAGGAGUAAGAAAUGGGAAUGACCAGUGUGAUGAACUGAGCAAGGUGAGGUUGUGAAAACUUGUUU